AUGCCGCCCCCUUCCUUUGUCCGCGUCAACGAGAUUGUCUCCGUCCAGCAUCCGGCCACCAAAAAUGACCAGUCGUCCAGCACGACGGCCGGCAGCGAAUCUACUCCAGUGCCGCCCGAGACCAUCCUGUUCCUGUCCUGGGCGGACGCCAGUGCCCGCCACAUUGAAAAGUACACCAGCCUCUAUCGCCAACUGUACCCGGGCGCCCGCAUCAUCCUGGUCGAGACGGGCAUGGUGCAGUUCUUCCUGCGUCCCGCGCGGGCCCGGCGCAGGCUCGUCGCGCCGGUGGUGGACAUGCUCCGCGACGCGGCCGCCGACAGCCUCCUCGUGCACAUCAUGUCCAACGCCGGCGCGCAGCAGUGGUGCGUCAUCAACCAGGCGCGCUCCGACGCAGACGGUCGGACACUUGCCAACGCGCCGACCGUCAUCGACAGCGCCCCUGGCCGCGCGCACCUGAAGCAGACGUGGGCCGCCAUCGCGGGGAGUCUGCCGCGGGCUCAUGCGCCGCGGCUCGUCCUGAGCUUGGUGCUUGGCGUGUUUCUGGGCAUGCUGUUUGCGUCAAAGUACGUGAUGCCCGGCACAAACUCGCUGGACGUGGUGAGGCAGCAGCUCAACGAGCAUGCCCCGACAGUCGCCGGAGCGCGGCGAUGCUACAUCUACUCAGAGCAGGAUCGGCUGGUGGGAUGGGAAGAUGUGCAGGAUCACGCCAAGGAAGCAGAGAAGAAAGGCUGGUGCGUCGAGUUGGUCAGGUCUCAGGCAGGUGUGCAUGUCGGGCAUUUGAAGGAGAAUCCGCAGAGGUAUAGAGAGGCAAUUGAGGGGACAUGGCUGCCGAGAUCAAAGUUGUAA